CCUAAAUACUUGGACGCUUAAAGCCAAGGGCUUCACCUGCCUUACCUACUUAGAGCCAAAAUGUGGAUAGCGUGCCCAUCUUAAUUGCUGAGUUUCUGAGUUUCUUCAUCCUAAUUGCUAGGUAUCUCAGCUAACUUUAUUUAUUUAUUUAGAAAUAUCCAUACCUAUUUGAAGUUGAUGGAAAUGAAAAACAGAAGUUAUACUCCAUUGGGGUAUGGAGAACCUCCCUGGAUUUUUAAAGGCAGUGCUUUAUACCAGCUUCAUCUUGUCAAAGCAGAGACCGCUCGAGCUUUUAUUCCUAAAGACUGCAGACUAGUUGAAGCAUUUGGAUAUACUCUUGGCGGGUUCUUUCUUGCUAGCUAUGAUGAUAGCCCUGCUGGAAUUUUCGAUGAGCUCGUUGUGAUUGCAGGACUAGUGUGGAAUCCACCUACAUCUUGUGCAUGGGCUGCCAGGGUACUGGUGGGCAGUGAUGAGGCAUGCCUUCAUGGACGGAAGGUAGUAGGUCUUCCAAGCCAAGUUGGCAGGUUUUCAAAGAAAAUUACAGCACUUCCAUGGGCACCAAAAAGUAAAUCAAGCAGUUUUCUAAGCAGGAUUGGCUGGAGAACAUCUUCUAACUAUAGGAAUCACAUGGACAUAGAAGUGUCCGAAAUCAAGAAUCAGAGAGCUAUGAGUAUCUGCAACAUCAACUUAAAUGCAACUGUUUCUCAGCAAGAUUCUAAGGGAUGGAUGGGUCCAUUUAUCAAAAUGUCACUUCCAAACUUUAGUGGACGGACGAAGUACAAUUCUAAUCUCCUCAAGUACUCUUGCCAGAUCGAGUGCAGGGUAAGAGCAGUGCAACCAGCAAACGUCUUGGGACCAUCUGCAUUGGAUGCAGACAAGGAAAAUUCAUCUGAAGAUCACAGCUCACACGGGGAAUGGAUAGGCAGAGCCCCCACAGGGACCAAGAGAAAUUUCAGCAUAUCCGUGCUGCUGUCCAAGCCCAUUUUGGCUUUAGAAUUUAAUCAUCUGAAAAUGAGAGUUGAAGCUCCAACUAUCGUUGCCGCAUGUUCACAGAAUACUGUUUGACGAGUCAUUGAUAUAUUUUGCAUGCCUUGAUUAGAUUGGGCUGGUCUUCUAAUUAAUCUUAAUUAGAUUGGGCUGAUCUUCUAAUUAAUGCGUGUUCAUUUACAAAAUGAAUUGCUUUUGUUCAUUCCAUUGUAGGGGUGUGUAAUGACCGAUUCAAUCAUAAAAGUUUUACUGGUUUAUUGGUAUUGGGUUAUUGGAUUAUUGGGUUAA